CUCUGAGGGUUGACUUGCGCACAUAGAAAGCGGCGAUGCUUCCAUUCUACAUUUUGACUUUUGCUGUCACCAUCCAAGCCCAAAACCAGCUGUUGCCAGGUUCCUGCAACUUUGAGUCCAACACCUGCGGAUACACGUCAGAUGCAGACUUUACAAGCUGGACCCUGCACAAAGAUGGACGUUUUGUCGCAGUGGACGCAGUCACGAACAAUGAUGACGAGACAGAUGCAGACACUGUCAUGCAGAGAAAAACCACUGGAGUCCUUCUGAGUCCUGUUCUGGAGCAAGGCGAGUGGAGCUGCCUUAGGAUCGUCCACCAGAUCACCGGGUCAGGGAGCCUGGAGGUCCUACAGCGCACGGCAGGAAAGAGCUUUGACAAACCUCUGUGGAGCAGCCAAGUGCCCUCCGACAGCUGGGUCAUCUCAAGCAUGGACCUGCAAAACAAUACUGAAGCUUACAGAGUUGUCAUUGAAGGUAAACCAGGGCAGAGUCCUGGGAGUAGCGUGGCCGUAUUUGAGAUCCACAUCAGUCCUGGAUACUGCUUGGAGUGUGAUUUUGAGGAGUCUCACCUGUGUGGAUACAGUAACCAGUGGAAUGCGAAUGUAAACUGGUACGUGGGAGGAGGUGGAUCCCAGCUCCUUCAGAACAACAUGCCAACUGACCACACAUAUAACAACAAGACAGGUCACUUCAUGUAUGUGGACUCAAUCUACGCCAAGACUUUCAAAGAAGUGGCCAAACUGGUGUCUCCCAUGACGACGGUGCCAAUGUCUGGCUGCCUGAGUUUUCAGUAUCAACGCAGCGACGAGAGAGGGAACCUGUUCUCUGUUUUCACCCGGGACCGACUGGGUCAGUAUCAGGAGCUGUGGAAGGCAGAGCCAGAGAUCCAGAGUGACUGGACGCCUGGAGAGUGGAUACCUGUACAGGUGGACCUGAAGGCACCAUACUCUGUACAGGUGGUCUUUGAAGUGGCCUUUAACAGUCCACGAGGCGGACGUGUUGCAGUCGAUGACAUUUCCUUUUCUUCAGAGUUCUGCAGCACAGACACUGAGCCAACUUUUGACCCUUCCAUCGCAAGCUGUGACUUCGAGUCAGGUUUCUGCCAAUACACACAGGACCAAGUGAUCGCGUCAUCGUGGAGGAGAGUGUCUGUGAAGCCCAACAUAUUUAGGAAUGGAGACCACACAACAGGAGCAGGAUCUUUCCUGUUGGCUCACUCCCGGCUGGGCCCAAGCUCUGGCUACGUUAGCCGUGUGAUUGGUCCAAUUCUGCCUGGCAACAUGAAGUUCUGCCUGAGAUUUUACUUCUCACUAAGGGGUUUCAACCAGACGGAGCAGGCCCUCAUCGUCUAUCUGCAGCACAGCAGCGGCCAAGAGAAGAUCUGGACUCUGGGGGAGAAGUCAAGGGGAAUCUGGAUUGCAACGGACGUGACCUUCCAGACAUCACAGCCUGCACAGGUGGUUUUUGUCAGCACCUGCAGGAGCUUCUGGGACUGUGGCUCCGUGGCUCUGGAUGACAUCAACAUGAGCCUCGGAGACUGUGACCUGCCAGCAGGACUGUUGACGUUGUCUCUCCCGGGUAAAUGUGACUUUGAAGCAGGCCUGUGUGGUUACACUCAGGACAAGCAGAAGGACACUGCCGACUGGGAGUGGAGAAGAGGACCCACUCCGACCUCAUACACCGGACCCAGAGGGGACCACACCACGGGACUUGGCUACUACCUGCACAUGGAGGCGUCUCCCAUGCUGCCCGGUCAGAACAUUCGCCUGCUGUCCCGCCCGCUGAGGGGUUCCAGGGGGCCUCAAUGUCUGAGCUUCUUCUACCACAUGUACGGCUCGGGCACGGGCCAGCUCAGCGUUCACCUCGACAAGGACGGAGAGGAUGUGUUGCUGUGGCAACUGAGCGGGGAGCAAAGCAUUGCCUGGCUGAGGGCCACAGUACAGUACCAGAGUGACAGCCAGCAUCAGAUUGUGUUUGAAGCCAUCAGGGGUACAUCAGUUAGGAGUGACAUUGCCAUUGAUGACAUCAUUUUGGAGGGUGGACCUUGCCCAGAAACAGAGGUCAGAGCCACCGUAGGAACGUCCAACGAGAUCGAGUAGAAGAGAAGAGGAAACAGCUGUGUAGGAUGCAUGAACCUUGUUUAUUUGCACAUUUCAGAUGACUCAAAAGUCUCGCCAACUCCUGACUUUUUCUACAUUUUGACCACGUAGGGAUGUAAAAGGAAAUCUUAUUCAUGUAGUUCUGUUUUCAUGGAGCAACACAUAUCAGUGCUGUCAUAGUCAGCAUUUCUCUCUGCACUGUAGCAACAGAGGAUGUUACACUGUGUUUUUUUUCUUUACAUUUAUAUGCAUUAGAUUAAUGCUCAUUGCUCAAAUAAAGCGAGAAGAUUAUUCAACAUGAUUCCUGCUUUUUUUUUGUUUUUUUCAAUGUUAAAUACGGAAUCUGGAUACAGGAAUACUUGAUUUGACUGUCAUCUAAUGGAAAUGCAACUUAACCAAAACACUUAACUGCAUCACCACAAAGAUCAUGUGUG